ACAAAGCAGCCUGGGCUUGUUUACAGACGCUUAGGCUGAGCAGGGUUUUGUGAAAAUGACGGAGCAGAAAGCAGAGAAUAUCAGCUCUAUCCCCAUCGAUGGGUUCAGCAAUAUCAGAAUAACAUCCAUAUGGACGUUUCUCGUGUCUGUGCAGUGGUCGGAGACUUGGCUCAUCGGCCUGCUGGUGUUCCAUGUUGUGUGUUUGUUUCUGACCGUGGUGACGUGUAGGUACUACAGAGCUCAGGUCUGUCACUUCCUGGUCAUGGUUGGCCUGGUGUACAGUGCUGAAUAUUUAAAUGAGCUGGCAGCCAUGAACUGGAGGUCCUUUUCUAAUUUCCAGUACUUUGAUUCCAAGGGCAUGUUCAUAUCUUUGGUGUACUCAAUUCCUCUCCUGCUGAACACAGUCAUAAUUGUGAUGGUGUGGGUGUACAGGACAUUUUCCACUAUGACUGAGCUGAAGAUACUACAGCUCAAGCAAAAGGCCCGCAGAGAGAAGAGGGAGAAGAAUGACUGAUCCCUCUCCUUAUGUCCGAAUGGGCUCUGUUGGGAGGUAUUAAGAAUUAGUGUCUCUGCCAUGCUAAUCCUGAAUUUUGGAGGAAGAAGCAGAUUUCUUCUUGUGACCAUAAAUAGACUGUCCAUUGGUGUCGGUCAGGACUGGGUGUCUGUUUCUGGCAACAACUGUUGAAAGAUGCCAGCGAAAUACUGUACACUAUGAUACACAAGGACCAAAGGACAUUUAACUGUUUUUAUUCAAUGUUGUAAAGUUGUUGAAAUGUACAAAGAAAGAUAAAGUUUUUUUGAAUUAC